UCACAAAUCUCAUUUCUCCUUCUCCUGAUCCGAAUCAUGUCCAAAUCUAGGGUUUAUACUGAUGUUAACGUUGUUCGUCCCAAAGAGUACUGGGACUACGAGGCUCUUGUUGUUCAAUGGGGUCACCAAGAUGAUUAUGAGGUUGUGAGGAAAGUUGGUCGAGGAAAAUACAGCGAAGUAUUCGAAGGCAAAAACGUCAAUACAAACGAGCGCUGCGUUAUCAAGAUCCUCAAGCCUGUGAAAAAGAAGAAGAUAAAGAGGGAGAUCAAAAUUCUCCAGAACCUCUGUGGUGGACCAAAUAUUGUGAAGCUGCUUGAUGUAGUCAGAGACGAGCACUCCAAAACACCUAGCUUGAUAUUUGAGUUUGUGAACAGUGUGGACUUUAAAGUACUGUAUCCCACAUUGACUGAUUAUGACAUCCGCUACUAUAUCUACGAGCUUCUUAAGGCACUGGAUUACUGCCAUUCGCAAGGAAUAAUGCAUAGAGAUGUCAAGCCUCACAAUGUCAUGAUAGAUCAUCAGCUGCGUAAACUCCGCCUGAUAGAUUGGGGCCUUGCUGAGUUUUACCAUCCCGGAAAAGAGUAUAAUGUUCGAGUUGCCUCGAGAUACUUCAAGGGUCCUGAGCUGCUAGUUGAUCUACAAGAUUAUGACUAUUCUUUAGACAUGUGGAGCCUUGGCUGCAUGUUUGCUGGCAUGAUAUUUCGUAAGGAACCGUUCUUCUAUGGUCAUGACAAUCACGAUCAACUCGUCAAAAUUGCCAAGGUGUUGGGAACCGAUGAUUUAAAUACUUACCUUAACAAAUAUCAGCUAGAUCUUGAUCCUCAACUAGAAGCACUUGUUGGAAGGCAUAGCAGGAAACUAUGGCCCAAGUUUAUCAAUGCAGAUAACCAACACUUGGUCUCACCAGAGGCCAUUGAUUUUCUCGAUAAGCUGCUUCGGUAUGAUCAUCAAGACAGAUUAACCGCAAGAGAAGCCAUGGCUCAUCCAUACUUCGCUCAAGUUAAAGCUGCAGAGAGCAGCAGACUACGAAUUCUUUAA